AUGUCUCUCCCCUGCUCAUCCUCCUGUCUCUCCCUGCUCAUCCUGUCUCUCCCUGCUCCUCCUCUGUCUCUCCCUGCUCCUCCUGUCUCUCCCUGCUCAUCCUCCUGUCUCUCCUGCUCCUCCUGUCUCUCCCUGCUCCUCCUGUCCCCCUCUCCUCCUGUCUCUCCCUGUCUCAUCCCCUGUCUCUCCCUGCUCCUCCUGUCUCUCCCUGCUCCUCUGUCUCUCCCCUGCUCUCCUCCUGUCUCUCCCCUGCUCUCCUCCUGUCUCUCCCCUGCUCAUCCUCUCUGUCUCUCCCCUGCUCCUCCUGGUCUCUCCCCUGCUCUCCUCCUGUCUCUCCCUGCUCAUCCUCCUGUCUCUCCCCUGCUCCUCCUCCUGUCUCCCCUGCUCCUCCUGUCUCUCCCUGCAUCCUCCUGUCUCUCCCCUGCUCAUCCUCCUGUCUCUCCCCUGCUCUCCUCCUGUCUCUCCCCUGCUCCUCCUGUCUCUCCCCUGCUCAUCCUCCUGUCUCUCCCUGCUCAUCCUCCUGUCUCUCCCCUGCUCUCCUCCUGUCUCUCCCCUGCUCUCCUGUCCUCCCUGUCUCCUCCUGUCUCUCCCCUGCUCCUCCUGUCUCUCCCCUGCUCAUCCUCCUGUCUCUCCCCUGCUCCUCCUCCUGUCUCUCCCCUGCUCCUCCUCCUGUCUCUCCCCUGCUCAUCCUCCUGUCUCUCCCCUGCUCCAUCCUGCUGUCUCUCCCCUGCUCACCCUCCUGUCUCUCCCCUGCUCAUCCUCCUGUCUCUCCCCUGCUCAUCCUCCUGUCUCUCCCCUGCUCAUCUCCUGUCUCUCCCUGCUCUCCUCCUGUCUCUCCCCUGCUCUCCUCCUGUCUCUCCCUGCUCCUCCUGUCUCUCCCCUGCUCUCCUCCUGUCUCUCCCCUGCUCAUCCUCCUGUCUCUCCCCUGCUCAUCCUCCUGUCUCUCCCCUGCUCUCCUCCUGUCUCUCCCCUGCUCCUCCUCCUGUCUCUCCCCUGCUCCUCCUCCUGUCUCUCCCCUGCUCCUCCUCCUGUCUCUCCCCUGCUCAUCCUCCUGUCUCUCCCCUGGCUCCUCCUGUCUCUCCCCUGCUCUCCUCCUGUCUCUCCCCUGCUCAUCCUCCUGUCUCUCCCCUGCUCAUCUCCUGUCUCUCCCCUGCUCAUCCUCCUGUCUCUCCCCUGCUCAUCCUCCUGUCUCUCCCCUGCUCAUCCUCCUGUCUCUCCCCUGCUCAUCCUCCUGUCUCUCCCCUGCUCAUCCUCCUGUCUCUCCCCUGCUCCUCCUGUCUCUCCCCUGCUCAUCCUCCUGUCUCUCCCUGCUCAUCCUCCUGUCUCUCCCCUGCUCCUCCUGUCUCUCCCCUGCUCAUCCUCCUGUCUCUCCCUGCUCCUCCCCUGUCUCUCCCCUGCUCUCCUCCUGUCUCUCCCCUGCUCCUCUCCUGUCUCUCCCCUGCUCCUCCUCUGUCUCUCCCUGCUCCUCCUGUCUCUCCCCUGCUCCUCCUGUCUCUCCCCUGCUCCUCCUGUCUCUCCCUGCUCAUCCUCCUGUCUCUCCCCUGCUCCCUCCUGUCUCUCCCCUGCUCCUCCUGUCUCUCCCCUGCUCAUCCUCCUGUCUCUCCCCUGCUCCUCCUGUCUCUCCCCUGCUCCUCCUGUCUCUCCCCUGCUCAUCCUGUCCUCCUGCUCUCCUCUCUCCCUGCUCUCCUCCUGUCUCUCCCCUGCUCCUCCUGUCUCUCCCCUGCUCCUCUCCUGUCUCUCCCCUGCUCUCCUCCUGUCUCUCCCCUGCUCCUCCUCCUGUCUCUCCCCUGCUCCUCCUGUCUCUCCCUGCUCUCCUCCUGUCUCUCCCCUGCUCAUCCUCCUGUCUCUCCCCUGCUCAUCCUCCUGUCUGCUCCUCCUGCUCUCCUCCUGUCUCUCCCCUGCUCCUCCUGUCUCUCCCCUGCUCUCCUCCUGUCUCUCCCCUGUCUCCUCCUGUCUCUCCCCUGCUCCCUCCUGUCUCUCCCCUGCUCCUCCUGUUCUCUCCCCUGCUCCUCCUCCUGUCUCUCCCCUGCUCCUCCUGUCUCUCCCCUGCUCUCCUCCUGUCUCUCCCCUGCUCCUCCUGUCUCUCCCCUGCUCCUCCCUGUCUCUCCCCUGCUCCUCCUGUCUCUCCCCUGCUCAUCCUCCUGUCUCUCCCCUGCUCAUCCUCCUGUCUCUCCCCUGCUCCUCCUGUCUCUCCCCUGCUCCUCCUGUCUCUCCCCUGCUCCUCCCUGUCUCUCCCUGCUCCUCCUGUCUCUCCCCUGCUCCUCCUCUGUCUCUCCCCCUCCUCCUCCUGUCUCUCCCCUGCUCUCCUCCUGUCUCUCCCCUGCUCCUCCUGUCUCUCCCCUGCUCAUCCUCCUGUCUCUCCCCUGCUCCUCCUCCUGUCUCUCCCCUGCUCCUCCUGUCUCUCCCCUGCUCCUCCUGUCUCUCCCCUGCUCAUCCUCCUGUCUCUCCCCUGCUCCUCCUCCUGUCUCUCCCCUGCUCCUCUCCUGUCUCUCCCCUGCUCCUCCUGUCUCUCCCCUGCUCAUCCUCCUGUCUCUCCCCUGCUCCUCCUGUCUCUCCCCUGCUCCUCCUGUCUCUCCCCUGCUCCUCCUCCUGUCUCUCCCCUGCUCCUCCUGUCUCUCCCCUGCUCCUCCUGUCUCUCCCCUGCUCAUCCUCCUGUCUCUCCCCUGCUCAUCCUCCUGUCUCUCCCCUGCUCCUCCUGUCUCUCCCCUGCUCCUCCUGUCUCUCCCCUGCUCAUCCUCCUGUCUCUCCCCUGCUCAUCCUCCUGUCUCUCCCCUGCUCCUCCUGUCUCUCCCCUGCUCCUCCUGUCUCUCCCCUGCUCAUCCUCCUGUCUCUCCCCUGCUCAUCCUCCUGUCUCUCCCCUGCUCACCCCUCCUCCCUGUCUCUCCCCUGCUCCUCCUGUCUCUCCCCUGCUCUCCUCCUGUCUCUCCCCUGCUCAUCCCUCCUGUCUCUCCCCUGCUCCUCCUCCUGUCUCUCCCCUGCUCCUCCUGUCUCUCCCCUGCUCCUCCUGUCUCUCCCCUGCUCAUCCUCCUGUCUCUCCCCUGCUCUCCUCCUGUCUCUCCCCUGCUCCUCCUGUCUCUCCCCUGCUCAUCCUCCUGUCUCUCCCCUGCUCAUCCUCCUGUCUCUCCCCUGCUCCUCCUGUCUCUCCCCUGCUCCUCCUCCUGUCUCUCCCCUGCUCAUCCUCCAUCCUCCUGUCUCUCCCCUGCUCCUCCCUGUCUCUCCCCUGCUCAUCCUCCUGUCUCUCCCCUGCUCAUCCUCCUGUCUCUCCCCUGCUCCCCUGUCUCUCCCCUGCUCCUCCUGUCUCUCCCCUGCUCAUCCUCCUGUCUCUCCCCUGCUCAUCCUCCUGUCUCUCCCUCUCUCCUCCUGUCUCUCCCUGCUCUCCUCUGUCUCUCCCCUGCUCAUCCUCCUGUCUCUCCCCUGCUCAUCCUCCUGUCUCUCCCCUGCUCAUCCUCCUGUCUCUCCCCUGCUCCUCCUGUCUCUCCCCUGCUCAUCCUCCUGUCUCUCCCCUGCUCAUCCUGUCUCUCCCCUGCUCAUCCUCCUGUCUCUCUCCCCUGCUCCUCCUCCUGUCUCUCCCCUGCUCCUCCUGUCUCUCCCCUGCUCAUCCUCCUGUCUCUCCCCUGCUCUCCUCCUGUCUCUCCCCUGCUCUCCUCUCCUCUCUCUCCCCUGCUCCUCCUGUCUCUCCCCUGCUCAUCCUCCUGUCUCUCCCCUGCUCCUCCUCCUGUCUCUCCCCUGCUCCUCCUGUCUCUCCCCUGCUCAUCCUCCUGUCUCUCCCCUGCUCAUCCUCCUGUCUCUCCCCUGCUCCUCCUGUCUCUCCCCUGCUCAUCCUCCUGUCUCUCCCCUGCUCAUCCUCCUGUCUCUCCCCUGCUCCUCCUCCUGUCUCUCCCCUGCUCCUCCUGUCUCUCCCCUAUCCUCCUGUCUCUCCCCUGCUCCUCCUGUCUCUCCCCUGCUCCUCCUGUCUCUCCCCUGCUCAUCCUCCUGUCUCUCCCUGCUCCUCCUGUCUCUCCCCUGCUCCUCCUCCUGUCUCUCCCCUGCUCAUCCUCCUGUCUCUCCCCUGCUCAUCCUCCUGUCUCUCCCCUGCUCCUCCUCCUGUCUCUCCCCUGCUCCUCCUGUCUCUCCCUGCUCCUCCUGUCUCUCCCCUGCUCCUCCUGUCUCUCCCCUGCUCAUCCUCCUGUCUCUCCCCUGCUCCUCCUGUCUCUCCCCUGGUCCUCCUCCUGUCUCUCCCCUGCUCCUCCUGUCUCUCCCCUGCUCCUCCUGUCUCUCCCCUGCUCCUCCUGUCUCUCCCCUGCUCCUCCUCCUGUCUCUCCCCUGCUCAUCCUCCUGUCUCUCCCCUGCUCCUCCUCCUGUCUCUCCCCUGCUCCUCCUCCUGUCUCUCCCUUGCUCCUCCUCCUGUCUCUCCCCUGCUCAUCCUCCUGUCUCUCCCCUGCUCAUCCUCCUGUCUCUCCCCUGCUCCUCCUCCUGUCUCUCCCCUGCUCUCCUCCUGUCUCUCCCCUGCUCCUCCUGUCUCUCCCCUGCUCCUCCUGUCUCUCCCCUGCUCCUCCUGUCUCUCCCCUGCUCCUCCUGUCUCUCCCCUGCUCCUCCUCCUGUCUCUCCCCUGCUCCUCCUCCUGUCUCUCCCCUGCUCCUCCUGUCUCUCCCCUGCUCCUCCUGUCUCUCCCCUGCUCAUCCUCCUGUCUCUCCCCUGCUCCUCCUGUCUCUCCCCUGCUCAUCCUCCUGUCUCUCCCCUGCUCCUCCUGUCUCUCCCCUGCUCAUCCUCCUGUCUCUCCCCUGCUCCUCCUCCUGUCUCUCCCCUGCUCCUCCUGUCUCUCCCCUGCUCAUCCUCCUGUCUCUGCCCUGCUCCUCCUGUCUCUCCCCUGCUCCUCCUGUCUCUCCCCUGCUCCUCCUGUCUCUCCCCUGCUCCUCCUGUCUCUCCCCUGCUCAUCCUCCUGUCUCUCCCCUGCUCCUCCUGUCUCUCCCCUGCUCCUCCUGUCUCUCCCCUGCUCCUCCUCCUGUCUCUCCCCUGCUCCUCCUGUCUCUCCCCUGCUCAUCCUCCUGUCUCUCCCCUGCUCCUCCUGUCUCUCCCCUGCUCAUCCUCCUGUCUCUCCCCUGCUCCUCCUGUCUCUCCCCUGCUCCUCCUGUCUCUCCCCUGCUCCUCCUGUCUCUCCACUGCUCAUCCUCCUGUCUCUCCCCUGCUCCUCCUGUCUCUCCCCUGCUCUCCUCCUGUCUCUCCCCUGCUCCUCCUGUCUCUCCCCCUGCUCCUCCUGUCUCUCCCCUGCUCUCCUCCUGUCUCUCCCCUGCUCAUCCUCCUGUCUCUCCCCUGCUCCUCCUGUCUCUCCCCUGCUCACCGCUCCUGUCUCUCCCCUGCUCAUCCUCCUGUCUCUCCCCUGCUCUCCUCCUGUCUCUCCCCUGCUCAUCCUCCUGUCUCUCCCCUGCUCAUCCUCCUGUCUCUCCCCUGCUCCUCCUGUCUCUCCCCUGCUCAUCCUCCUGUCUCUCCCCUGCUCAUCCUCCUGUCUCUCCCCUGCUCCUCCUGUCUCUCCCCUGCUCCUCCUGUCUCUCCCUGCUCAUCCUCCUGUGUCUCCCCUGCUCAUCCUCCUGUCUCUCCCCUGCUCCUCCUGUCUCUCCCCUGCUCUCCUCCUGUCUCUCCCCUGCUCAUCCUCCUGUCUCUCCCCUGCUCAUCCUCCUGUCUCUCCCCUGCUCCUCCUGUCUCUCCCCUGCUCUCCUCCUGUCUCUCCCCUGCUCAUCCUCCUGUCUCUCCCCUGCUCAUCCUCCUGUCUCUCCCCUGCUCCUCCUCCUGUCUCUCCCCUGCUCCUCCUGUCUCUCCCCUCUCCUCUGUCCUCCUGUCUCUCCCCUGCUCCUCCUGUCUCUCCCCUGCUCCUCCUGUCUCUCCCCUGCUCACCCUCCUGUCUCUCCCCUGCUCCUCCUGUCUCUCCCCUGCUCAUCCUCCUGUCUCUCCCCUGCUCCUCCCUGUCUCUCCCCUGCUCCUCCUGUCUCUCCCCUGCUCCUCCUGUCUCUCCCCUGCUCCUCCUGUCUCUCCCCUGCUCAUCCUCCUGUCUCUCCCCUGCUCCUCCUCCUGUCUCUCCCCUGCUCAUCCUGGCAACAGACGUCAGCUAUCACUGCAGACGUCAGGUAUCACUGCAGACGUCAGGUAUCACUGCAGACAUCAGGUAUCACUGCAGACGUCAAGUAUCACUGCAGACAUCAGGUAUCACUGCAGACGUCAGGUAUCACUGCAGACGUCAGGUAUCACUGCAGACAUCAGGUAUCACUGCAGACGUCAAGUAUCACUGCAGACGUCAGGUAUCACUGCAGACGUCAGCCUUCAAUGCAGACGUCAGGUAUCACUGCAGACGUCAAGUAUCACUGUAGACGUCAGGUAUCACUGCAGACAUCAGGUAUCACUGCAGACGUCAAGUAUCACUGCAGACGUCAAGUAUCACUGCAGACGUCAAGUAUCACUGCAGACGUCAGGUAUCACUGCAGACAUCAGGUAUCACUGCAGACGUCAAGUAUCACUGCAGACAUCAGGUAUCACUGCAGACGUCAGGUAUCACUGCAGACGUCAGGUAUCACUGCAGACGUCAGGUAUCCCUGCAGACGUCAGGUAUCACUGCAGACGUCAGGUAUCACUGCAGACGUCAAGUAUCACUGCAGACGUCAGGUAUCACUGCAGACGUCAGGUAUCGCUGCAGACGUCAGGUAUCACUGCAGACGUCAGGUACUGCAGAUGUCAGGUAUCACUGCAGACAUCAGGUAUCACUGCAGACGUCAGGUAUCACUGCAGACGUCAGGUAUCACUGCAGACGUCAGGUAUCACUGCAGACAUCAGGUAUCACUGCAGACGUCAGGUAUCACUGCAGACAUCAGGUAUCACUGCAGACGUCAGCCUUCACUGCAGACGUCAGGUAUCACUGCAGACGUCAAGUAUCACUGCAGACAUCAGGUAUCACUGCAGACAUCAGGUAUCACUGCAAACGUCAGCCUUCACUGCAGACGUCAGGUAUCACUGCAGACGUCAGCCUUCACUGCAGACGUCAAGUAUCACUGCAGACGUCAAGUAUCACUGCAGACAUCAGGUAUCACUGCAGACAUCAGGUAUCACUGCAGACGUCAGGUAUCACUGCAGACGUCAAGUAUCACUGCAGACAUCAGGUAUCACUGCAGACAUCAGGUAUCACUGCAGACGUCAGGUAUCACUGCAGACGUCAAGUAUCACUGCAGACAUCAGGUAUCACUGCAGACAUCAGGUAUCACUGCAGACGUCAGGUAUCACUGCAGACGUCAAGUAUCACUGCAGACAUCAGGUAUCACUGCAAACGUCAGGUAUCGCUGCAGACGUCAGGUAUCACUGCAGACGUCAGGUAUCACUGCAGACGUCAGGUAUCACUGCAGACGUCAGCCUUCAUUGCAGACGUCAGUAUCACUGCAGACAUCAGGUAUCACUGCAGACGUCAGGUAUCACUACAGACGUCAAGUAUUACUGCAGACAUCAGGUAUCACUGCAGACAUCAGGUAUCACUGCAGACGUCAGGUAUCACUGCAGACGUCAGGUAUCACUGCAGACAUCAGGUAUCACUGCAGACAUCAGGUAUCACUGCAGACGUCAGGUAUCACUGCAGACGUCAGGUAUCACUGCAGACAUCAGGUAUCACUGCAGACGUCAAGUAUCACUGCAGACGUCAGGUAUCACUGCAGACGUCAGCCUUCAAUGCAGACGUCAGGUAUCACUGCAGACGUCAAGUAUCACUGUAGACGUCAGGUAUCACUGCAGACAUCAGGUAUCACUGCAGACGUCAAGUAUCACUGCAGACGUCAAGUAUCACUGCAGACGUCAAGUAUCACUGCAGACGUCAGGUAUCACUGCAGACAUCAGGUAUCACUGCAGACGUCAAGUAUCACUGCAGACAUCAGGUAUCACUGCAGACGUCAGGUAUCACUGCAGACGUCAGGUAUCACUGCAGACGUCAGGUAUCCCUGCAGACGUCAGGUAUCACUGCAGACGUCAGGUAUCACUGCAGACGUCAAGUAUCACUGCAGACGUCAGGUAUCACUGCAGACGUCAGGUAUCGCUGCAGACGUCAGGUAUCACUGCAGACGUCAGGUACUGCAGAUGUCAGGUAUCACUGCAGACAUCAGGUAUCACUGCAGACGUCAGGUAUCACUGCAGACGUCAGGUAUCACUGCAGACGUCAGGUAUCACUGCAGACAUCAGGUAUCACUGCAGACGUCAGGUAUCACUGCAGACAUCAGGUAUCACUGCAGACGUCAGCCUUCACUGCAGACGUCAGGUAUCACUGCAGACGUCAAGUAUCACUGCAGACAUCAGGUAUCACUGCAGACAUCAGGUAUCACUGCAAACGUCAGCCUUCACUGCAGACGUCAGGUAUCACUGCAGACGUCAGCCUUCACUGCAGACGUCAAGUAUCACUGCAGACGUCAAGUAUCACUGCAGACAUCAGGUAUCACUGCAGACAUCAGGUAUCACUGCAGACGUCAGGUAUCACUGCAGACGUCAAGUAUCACUGCAGACAUCAGGUAUCACUGCAGACAUCAGGUAUCACUGCAGACGUCAGGUAUCACUGCAGACGUCAAGUAUCACUGCAGACAUCAGGUAUCACUGCAGACAUCAGGUAUCACUGCAGACGUCAGGUAUCACUGCAGACGUCAAGUAUCACUGCAGACAUCAGGUAUCACUGCAAACGUCAGGUAUCGCUGCAGACGUCAGGUAUCACUGCAGACGUCAGGUAUCACUGCAGACGUCAGGUAUCACUGCAGACGUCAGCCUUCAUUGCAGACGUCAGUAUCACUGCAGACAUCAGGUAUCACUGCAGACGUCAGGUAUCACUGCAGACGUCAAGUAUUACUGCAGACAUCAGGUGUCACUGCAGACAUCAGGUAUCACUGCAGACGUCAGGUAUCACUGCAGACGUCAGGUAUCACUGCAGACAUCAGGUAUCACUGCAGACAUCAGGUAUCACUGCAGACAUCAGGUAUCACUGCAGACGUCAAGUAUUACUGCAGACAUCAGGUAUCACUGCAGACAUCAGGUAUCACUGCAGACGUCAGGUGCGCGCGCUCGUACUCCCCUCCCAUUACCCCGCUAAUGCCGCUUCAUCCAUCGCGUCUCUUCUUUCUCGAACUGAUCGCUACAUUUGCACACAGCACGCAGACCCGCAUCUCCUUCCCUCUGCUCACUUUCGACGUGCCUUAUCAUAAAUCUCAUAGGCUAAUGGGACAGCUGACCCUUCUUGGCUCGAAAAGCGCACUCAGCACUUCGCCACCAACCUCCUCGUUGCAGAAUGAGCCGGAGCAGUGUAUCGCAAACAAUGGACUUAUUCUAAUGUAA